CUGACGUUACGUCUCAGCCUCGGUGAUGGUAAGUGACAGUGGGUGAGGAAAACGAGGCUAAACUUUUUCUGCUACUAGUUGCUGUUGGUUGUUUAUAUGCUUGACAACAACGGCAUCGUCACAUUAUUUUACUUUGAAUGUAAGACAGCGUUAUUGUCGGUUGAGUGAGAAUUUUCCGUCUUCCGCGUGAGGCUAACUAACGUUAAAGUCGUGAACGGUGGUCUGUCGGUCACGAAGUAGCUGAAUUACACAGAAGUUUGUUCGACUUCGAGUUAGUUUAAUACGUAGAGACGCCGAAGAAAAGAAGCUAUGACCAACAGAGAAGACGAAUAUGACUAUCUUUUUAAAGUGGUGCUGAUCGGAGAUUCAGGCGUGGGGAAGAGUAACCUACUGUCUCGCUUCACCCGAAAUGAGUUCAACCUGGAGAGCAAGAGCACCAUUGGGGUGGAGUUUGCCACGCGCAGCAUCCAGGUAGAAGGCAAGACCAUCAAGGCUCAGAUCUGGGACACAGCGGGACAGGAGCGAUACCGAGCUAUCACUUCUGCGUACUACCGUGGCGCAGUUGGAGCUCUCUUGGUUUAUGACAUUGCCAAGCACCUGACAUAUGAAAAUGCUGAGCGCUGGCUGAAGGAGCUGCAGGACCACGCAGACAGCAACAUAGUUAUCAUGCUAGUGGGAAACAAAAGUGAUCUACGCCACUUAAGAGCGGUGCCAACAGAGGAGGCCAAGGCCCUUGCAGAGAAGCAUGGCUUGUCUUUCCUGGAGACAUCAGCGUUAGACUCCUCUAAUGUGGAGCUGGCUUUCCAGACUAUUCUCUCAGCCAUCUACAACAUCGUAUCUCAGAGGCAGAUGUCAGGGCGAAGCGACUCAGACUUCUCACCAGCCUCCAACGUAGUGCCCAUCACGGUUGAGCCCACCCAAAACUCAGCCACUAAGGGUGUCUGCUGCCAGAGCAACUGAGACCUUACCACUGACCUCCUCCUUCACCUCCACGCAUUUGGAGAAACAGCCAGAUAGACAAACAGAGACAGGCAGGGAGAAAGGACAGACAGGUAGAGAUAACCAUUUCACACAAGGACAUUUGUACAGGGGUUAAUUUGUCUAUUGUCUGGUUAAGAAAACUUAA